AUGCCGGCCCUGCGAAACACUCGGUAUGAUGCCUUGAAAUGUUCCACACCGCUCGGCAAACUGCGAGGUUGGGAAACUAUAUAUAAACCCUGCCUUUUCCAACCGUCUUGCGCAGGCAUUGGAAUGGACGACACGUUCGUGCUGCUGGCAGCGUGGAGGCGCACCAAUCCUCGCAAGACCGUGGUGGAGCGCAUGGGCGAGACGUACCGCGAGGCGGCCGUCUCCAUCACCAUCACCUCGCUGACCAACUUCAUCUCGUUCUGCAUCGGUGCGAUCACGCCGUUCCCUUCGGUGCGCAUCUUCUGCAUCUAUACCGCGGUGGCCGUGCUGUUCACCUACAUCUACCAGAUCACCUUCUUCGGGGGCUGCAUGGCGCUGUCCGGAUACGCCGAGCGCCGGAACCUGCACGGCCUGCUCUGUUUUCCCACCAUGCCCAAAUCGCAAGCCGGGGGACGCUCGUGGUUGUUUCGGGCUUUGUGCACGGGUGGCCUCAACCCAAACGACCCGGACAACCCGCUGGACAACCGGGAGCACAUCAUGAUGACCUUCUUCCGCGACUCCUGGGGCGGCCUGCUGAGCUUGUUUCCCAUCAAGAUUCUGGUUAUCCUCGUUUUUCUGGUGUACCUCGCCAUCGGACUGUGGGGAUGCACGCAAGUUAAAGAAGGCCUGGAGCGGUACAAGCUAGCCAUGGAUACCUCGUACGCCCGCGAUUUCUUCAACACGGACGACAAGUACUUCAGGCGGUACCCACUACGGAUACACGUGGUGAUGAACAAGACGCUGGACUACUGGAAUCCCGAAGUAUACGACAAACUGGAGGAGAUCAUCGGAAACUUCGAGAACAGCAGCUUCGUGCAGAACACGGAGCUUACCGAGUGCUGGUUCCGGGAGUACCGUCGCCAGACGCUGGACGGUCCCUUCAAGGGAUACUUCGGCCAGUUCGACCUCACCGAUCCCCACGACUAUAUACAGGGGCUUAGGUUCAUGCUAAGGUUCGAGCCGUUCUCGACUUUCAAGAAGGACAUCAAGUUUAACGAGAACUAUACGUCCAUCGUGGCCUCUCGCUGCAUUAUCCAGACGACCAACAUCUCGGAUGCCAACAUGGAGAAGGACAUGGUGAUUGACCUGAGGCGCAUCGCGGACAGCUAUCCCGACCACCAUAUCACCGUGUUCCACACGCUGUUUGUCUUCUUCGACCAGUUCAUCUUAGUGCGCGAGACGUCCAUUCAGUCCAUCGGCGUCGCUGCCGCCGUCAUGAUGAUCAUCGCCCUGAUCUUCAUCCCGAGUGUGUCGUGCGCCCUGUGGGUGGCCUUCUCCAUCUGCUCCAUCGAGAUCGGCGUCAUCGGCUACAUGACCCUGUGGAACGUGAACCUCGACUCCAUCUCCAUGAUCAAUCUCAUAAUGUGCAUCGGGUUUUCGGUGGACUACUCGGCGCACAUAUCGUACGCCUACCUAUCGUCCGACGGUCCCACGCCCAACGAGAAAAUGAAGUGCGCGCUCCACUCCCUGGGGAUGCCCAUCUUCCAGGGCAGCGUGUCCACCAUCCUGGGCAUCAUCAUCCUGGCGUUCGCCCCUUCCUACAUCUUCCUGACCUUCUUCAAAACAGUGUUCCUGGUGAUUCUCUUCGGCGCGCUGCACGGGAUCCUGCUGCUGCCGGUGCUGCUGUCCAUGUCGCACUCGCUCUGCAAGAAGCAAAAGAAGGCCAUCGUGACGCACCCGUUCUUCGUGCCGCCGUACCCGUCGUCCAACGGCUGCAAGACUCCGCCGGUGAUCGUCACCUCGGGCGACUCGUACGGCUCUCUGGGCGUGCCCUCUUCCAACAGCAAGGACGCCAAGCGCAAGCUGAGCGGCGACCUGAACCAGGAGAAAGAGAUACCCAGCAGCGAGAGCAGCAAGAACCUGCUCACCAAUAUCGUCAACUACUCGACCUUCCAGGACAGCAGGACUGGCGGUUGCGCGGGUGAACAGGUAAACCCGGGAUUCCAGCCAGACGAAGACGAAGAGCACGACACGGUGCCCGGAAGGAUAGCGCCGCCCUACAACUGGCCGGCGAAGGCGCCGCCGGCCGAGCGAUGCCUGCACAGGAGGCACAGCUCGAACGAUAUGAAGUCCGCCCCGCGGCUCUCUAAACAGUACAGCGUACCGUCCUGAUCGGCCGGCUGCUGUUAACCCGUCCCCCGAGCCUCUUCCCCCCCACCCGCCUCCAGCGCCUCACCCGCCCAGCACUGGGCCGACGAACGGCGACGAAAGAUGGGAAGUCUAGUCCUGUGCACUGUGCGAUACGGGCUGCUUGUGUUGUACAUAAACCAAAGUGCAUUUGUUGUUUUUUUACUUGUCCUCUCAUUGCCCCUGGACGGACAGGGCGUGUGUAAGGUGCCGACGACGACGGCGACGUAUACUAGCGGAUGGACCUGCUUGACAAAUCAUCUGAGCACGUUCUUCAAGCAACAGUGUGCGUCGCACCUAUAUCGAGUAUUGCAUUGGACAGUUAGUGCUUCCCCAGCUGGAACCCGUUUUCCUCGUGCAACACGCUCAAGGAAUGUACAGACGCUCUUUUGUGGGGUGUGCAAGCAUUUACGUGACCUGCAACGCCCAUUUUAUGUCCGCCUUUACAUGGCAUAUCAAGUGCCCGGUCUUUUAAGCGAAACGAUGAAUGCAAUGCGUCUGCUUCAAAUUCGUUUUGACAGGUGACCCUAAGAAGGUUCCGCAUUCGCAUCUUACGUGCCCUGUUCUUGUUAUUUAGUCGUAUUCGGUAUUUUUUAAUGAGACGAAAAUUCAGAGAUUUCACUUUUGACAAAUGUUAUGUAUCUUAUGCUGCGGUGUGUUUGUGGGAGCAGUGUGAACCGAGUUGUUGAUAGCAUUUAAGGGUAGUAUGCACUGUGUAGUUAAAUAUCGCGUUGUGCUUUACCGAGUUUUUUUCCGCAAUGUCCACAGAUUGUGAGAAGUCGAAGAUUUCAUGACAGAGAUGAAGCAUGACUGUUUGUUGCUGCGCUCGUUCUGCGCACAGGUGGACACUCCAAUGAACGGGUAAAUGACCUUCAAACUGCUUAGCAGUCACGGAAGAAGUUCAUGUAUAACUUGGCGAAAAGAAAGAAACAACAUUUGUGAGUCAUACAGCUUCUAUAAACAUAGCGGCAAUUGACUUGGAUAGCAUGCUUCAGUGCACGGUUACAUUACGGCAAGGCCGAAGUGACCUAUCAGACUUUCAGUGCAGAAAAUGCAGUGCAGUUCUUUGUUAUUCACUCUGCCUUUGACUGCUCGACUAGGAAUGCGUACGUGAUCGACAAGGCAGGAUGAGGAAAGGUCUAUAGGACCAACCAUUAGAACCCAAUGCUUGUGGAGACAUCAAGAAACAUUGAAUAGGAAGGCAGCGGCGUCUUUCAAAAACAAAAUUAUUCAGAUGUGCUUGUACGCGUCGGCCUUUCGACCAAAGGGGCCUACACUUUGUAACAUCGUUUUGUCAUGCACGCUGAAAUAUGUCACGAGUAUGCGAAAGGUUCCUCUAGUACCACAUUUCCGAGAACCAAGAACGUCAGUUCAGUUUUAUUGCUCCUGUUAGUCGACUCAUCGCAAGCAUGCAGUAUUUUGUUCGUAAAAGUACGACAGCAAACUAAGACUAUUUCGCAAACGGAAUUGUCUCUUCGUGUUCAGGUGCCUUGACUUGACCUGAGGGAGCCUUGUCACAUUUUCUCAGGACCAAAUAAAGUUCUUGUCACCGUCACCUGCAAUAGGUUUCCUGGGUAUACUUGAUUGUGGCGCGAAGAAAUACAUUUCGUGAAGAGUGAUGACGGCCUCAGAGACAUGUUUCUGAGGCUGUCAUUAAAAAGUUGGUAGUUUGGCGCUUCACUGUCUUCUUGCUUCUGUCCCCUUUUCACGAAGUGUAUUAUUUCGCGCCGCAAUCAAGUAUACCUAGGAAAUCCAAGCACCAACUUGCCCAAGAAGUUCUCUUGGAACCUGAAAUAGGUGUACGUGCUUUCAAAGGGACCUUUCUUACCCAGCUAUUUGUUCCAGCUACUACUCAUUAGCUAGAGAACGCACGCCUUUACAGAAUCAUCGUGGUGCUGUUCGCGCGAUAGGCUCAACAUCAAUUCAUAAAUGCAUACCUAAAACUCGCAUGACAAAGUCGUGAGAAACGAAGCAGAGUGCACGUGCGAGUUGCAACAGAAAAUGCACAAUUAUGAAUUUGAAACGCCGCGGGGCCACCGCGCUUGUAAGGCUGUCAAUCUACAUUUACAGAACCGUCAACACUUCGUGUACAGGCUUGGCGUGCCU